AUGGGAAUCCUUGAUAAGAUUAAGGAUUGUUCACAUGUCAUCAACUCUUUCGUUGCGCAAAAUAUUGUCCAUUAUGAAGCAACAGGACCAGAGAUAUGGAACGGGUCUAAAGGGAAAGUUGAUGCUUUCGUUGGUGGGAUAAGGAUGGGUGGCACCAUGACUGGUGUGGGAAAGUUUCUUAAGAUAUGCGGUACUGAGCCGAGAGAUCAUAAGAUUCAAGGACUGGAUGCUGAAGGAGAUCAUAAGAUUCAAGGAAUUGGUGCUUGUAUUGUACCUGUUGUUUUGGAUGUCAACAUUCUUAAUGAAGUUAUAAUGGUGAGUAAUGCAGAGGCCAUUGAAACUGCUAAGCUUCUUGCACUGAAAGAAGGUUUGCUGAUAUGGCUAUAUUACAUAAACACUGUUACAAAUCCAUUUCCCCUGCUUGCUUGA